AUGCGUGAAGAAGAUGAUCCAUCAAUAUCACUCAUCGAUGAAUUUGGCAACAAUUUCAUCGAUUUUUCACCUUGUUUAUUAAAUUUCUUUGUUGGUGGUGGUAAAGCAGAGGAGGAAGAAGAUAAAAUUCCACAAGGUGAUCAUUUAAUCUUUGAGUUGCAUUCCUCAUUACAAGAUCUUUACAUGGGUGGUUCAUUGAAGGUUGUCCUCUAUACUGGUAAGGAGGGUUUUGAAAUUUUAGUGUCCUCAGAAAAAGUUGUAGAUCUUGCAAAAGCCAUCCUAGAAAAAUCUGAAAGGAAGGUAAGAUUGACAGGACUCGAUGCUCGUGACAGUCUCCGUCUCCAGGCCGCUCUAUGCCUAUAUGGUAAUGACAUGGAGCAACAUGUUACACCUGUCAAAGCUGGCCUUACGUGGGUAAUUGGCAAGGGAAGUAGAGUAGAAGAUGGCUUCCUUGGAGCCAAUGUAAUUCUUAAACAACUUGAAGAAGGAUCGGCAGUCAGGUGUGCAAUGUUAUUCUCUUCCGGUCCAUCUCCCCAUGGCUAUAGUGAGAUACUCAGCAUUUCAGAUGAAAAGAUCGGCGAGGUGACUAGCGGAGGAUUCAGUCCAUGUUUGAAGAAGAACAUAGCAAUGGGGUAUGUCGAAACCGAAUACCAUAAACCGAGCACUGAAGUGAAGAUCGUCAUCCGUGGCAAAUCCAAUGAAGACGCCGUCACAAAAAUGCCAUUUGUUCCUACCAAGUAUUAUAAACCCUGA